AUGGUAGAGAUAUUACCAGAAAAGUAUGGCUGUCAUGUUUGUAUUUUUGAACUAAGAAAGUCGCUUGAAUUGUUGCAGGAAUGGGGUGAUCCUCGCAAAGAAGAGUUUUACUUUUAUAUGAAGUCAUAUUCCCCUGUUGAUAAUGUGAAGGCACAAAAUUAUCCUGCAAUUCUUGUUACUGCUGGUUUGAAUGAUCCGCGGGUUAUGUAUUCUGAAGCUGCGAAAUACGUAGCAAAGUUGAGAGAUACAAAAACUGAUAAUAAUCUGCUGUUGUUCAAAUGUGAACUUGGUGCAGGGCACUUUUCAAAGUCUGGAAGGUUUGAAAAGCUUCAGGAAGAUGCCUUGACAUAUGCUUUUUUUAUGAAAGCUUUAGACAUGGUAUCUGCAGCCAUCUAUUUGAACUUCUAUGUUAGUCCACAACCUGAAUCCUUUGCCAUUACUAGAGCACUUCAAAUAGCUAGUGCUUCUCCUUUGUUUGCUUCUCCCCUCUUGCGUUCAGAUAUUCCUCUCACUUUCACAAUCUUUCCAAGCCAGUUUCUGGCUAUUAUCCCCAAGCCUGUUCUUACCAUUUUAGCUGAUACUGCAGCAUCU